AUAAGCUGCAGCGCAAACUUGGGGCCGAGUAGUAAAAGCUCGAAGCCUCUCAGUUUCAUCCGUCUCCUCCUGUGUGUUUAUUCCUCGAAAUUAAAAACCAAGUUUCAACGCCCGGCCAAAAAACCCCCCGUCGCGCGCGCCGCCCAAAUGCCUCAGGAACCCCGAAACCCGGCAAUUUCCCCGCAAUCGGCCAAAUUGUUUCCCUCUGCGACGAUGUACCCGAAAUUCUACAAAGGAAUUUCGGGUACAUCGUCGCAGAGGGAAACAAUUUGGCCGAUUGCGGGGAAAUUGCCGGGUUUCGGGGUUCCUGAGGCAUUUGGGCGGCGCGCGCGACGGGGGGAUGAAACACUCACCGCCGCCGUUUCGUUGGCACAAGUAAGGGAACCGCCACACGUUGCCCAAGCCGACCGCCAUGGAAAUCAUGCCGGCCAAAAACUCGGCGCGGACCUCCCGUCAUCCUUGCCACCAGAUGUCACUACUACACCUUCCACAUCCUCGUCCAGCACCGCGGAACCAGACGAGGACGAGGACGAAGAGUUCUUCCGGUCCAAUUCCCAAUUCCCGCCUGGUGUCGUCGAUGUUGUUGUUGUUGUUGUUGUUGUUGUUUUCGGGGAUGCCGAGGAUGUUCCCCCAACUUCUGUGAGUUCCGUGUCGCAUCGGGUUCGCGGAGACGGCACUUGUAACAACUGCGGCGCCUUUUUCGGCGAAGUAGUCAUCGUUCACAAUGUUUCUGCUGCUGCUGCUGCUGCUGGCUUUUGUGGACACUCCCAAACUCUGCACAAACACACAUGCAUUAUUGGGACUGUCGACACGGACAUCGACAGUAGCUGCGGUUCCAAAGCCCAGACUGCGACGUCGACGUCGACGUGGACAGACCUACAGACCUUCCCGUUUUUCCCGCGCCAAAACGCAGCGGGUGUCGACGCUCUUCUACAAGUCGACAGGCACAACAAGAAGGUGCAUGGAGGGGGGCUGGUGUUCUUUAGGUACGCCACAAAUCAGAGCCAGACAACUGAGCGCCAGGGGGGACAACUCAGCGCUCUGCUUCACAUCUCGUAUGACGAGCAGUUGUUGCGGAAAAUCGGUGAAAAAAAUAAUAACGUCGACGACGGAAAGCAAAUGAGACCCCGAGUCGUUGUUGUGACGUGUCUGAUGAUGUUUUUCGCCGAUUGUUGUUUCGCGAAUCCGUUGCUCUUCGCCAAUAAUAACAGCAACAACAACAACAAUGCGACAGAGGUUGAAAAGAGCAACAAUUUGGACGUGAAUUCAGCCUUGAUCAACACGGAGAAACACGACACUUCGUCGUCGGAUGUGCAGGACUUGUUUCAUCCCGCAAAUCCGCCGAGACCCACGGGAAUAUUCGGAUUCAGUUUCCCUUAUGCGAAUCCCAUGACUGUGUUGCUCCAGCCAUUGAGAGUGAUCCUGGCUUGCGUUUAUUGCUCUGGCAUUGCCGCAUCCGCACUUCUCAGAUCAGAUUACGAUGACUUAUGCUCGUCUGACAAGGCCUGCGAAUCUGGAUUCCAGUGCAUCAACAAAAUGUGCAUUGAACUUUGUCUAGAGCAGAGUCUUUGUCACCCAUCAGCUCGGUGCUACGUACUGAGCACCAAGCCCGUGAGGACCAUGAUUUGUCUGUGUCCACCGGGAACAGUCACUGUCAAGCAGGACGGAAGUUGUAUCACAGCC